GCCCGCUUCGGACUUCAUCAACGAGCCCGGAUUGGUAAAUUAGUAAUUCUCGCCUUCUCCUUGGUCACUGACUGUGAUCACCAUAUACUCAAGACCGUCCCAGACUGGUCCUGGAUUUUGUGAAAAUCACAAUGAAUCCUGUAUCUGCUACGCGCGUGGCGCUUCGCCGUGCUGGAACCCGAUUCUUAGCAACUCCUUCUGCUCCUUCCGUAUCCAAACAAACGUUUUCCGAGACUCUGAGCUCAGGCCCUUCAUUAGAUGAUUUUAUAGCUGGAAAUACUCCGGAACGUGUUGUUUUGGGUAAUCCCCGAGGUCCGCGGCUUCCGUCAUAUCUGAAAACGUCUAUUCCGUCUGGUAAUUCGUUCAACAAAAUCAAGAAGGAUCUCAGAGGGCUUGGACUACACACUGUAUGUGAGGAAGCAAGAUGCCCAAAUAUCGGAGAUUGUUGGGGCGGCAAGGAAGGCGCAACAGAAGCGGAAGGGCGAAGUGCUGCAACGGCUACUAUCAUGUUAAUGGGCGAUACAUGUACUCGUGGAUGCCGAUUCUGCUCUGUGAAAACAUCCAGAGCACCUCCGCCCCUGGAUCCACAUGAACCCGAAAACACUGCAGAGGCGAUUAGUCGGUGGGGCUUGGGAUACAUAGUGUUAACCAGCGUGGAUCGUGAUGACCUCGCAGACGGCGGUGCAUAUCAUUUUGCAGAGACCAUUAGAAAGAUCAAGCAAAAGGCACCUCAUAUCUUGGUAGAAGCAUUAACAGGAGAUUUUGCUGGUAACUUGGCCCAUGUCUCCGUAGUGGCACAAUCGGGGCUGGAUGUAUAUGCACACAACGUCGAAACCGUUGAAGAGUUGACUCCGUUUGUUCGAGACCGGAGGGCAACAUUCAGACAAAGUCUCAAAGUACUGGAGCAUGCAAAACGUGAAGGUGUUCGGAUUACGAAAACCAGUAUCAUGCUCGGAGUCGGUGAAAACGAAUCGCAAGUCCUGAAUGCGUUGAAAGAGCUUCGCAAAGUCGAUGUAGACGUCGUGACUUUUGGUCAAUACAUGAGACCUACCAAACGCCAUAUGAAAGUCGACCGCUAUGUCGAGCCUUCAGAGUUUGACAAGUGGAAGCAGGUCGCUGAAGACUUGGGUUUCCUAUACGUUGCCAGUGGGCCUUUGGUUCGCAGUAGUUAUAAGGCCGGCGAAUAUUACAUCGAGAAUGUACUGCGCGGUAAAGGUUCUGAGAAGAAAUCUAACAAGUUGGCGGCGCAGGAAAUCGCCUCGGGAGAUUUAGAAACAAAUAUAUCUUCGUAAACCCAUAACAUUAAUUCACAUAUGUAUUCACUCUUCAAUAAUAUGUAGACAUACAAUUCAUAGCGACAAACCUAAAACAGUUCG